GAAUCUUUCAAACGAUCAUCAUCAGAAAAGUGUAUACGAGGAAGGCAAAGUAAACCAAGACUCGUUUUUAUACCAAAUUUGCCGAGCUUAUUUCUUAAGUAACCAACUAGAGUUUCAUACUGACUAAUUAAGAUUACGUGCCAUCUGACCUUGGGCCGCCUUUACCACUUUGUUACAACUUUUAAAAGCCGGCAGUUGUGCAGCGAUGUCAUUGACCUUUAGUAUAUACGCAAACACACCAACACAGAAAUCAGCAGUUAGUCCAACCGCUUUACCGGUACACUUUUUGCUAUUUAUGCUAACAAGUUUAUUGAUCUGCGCUUUCGGUUCAGCAGCGGCACAAACCGCUACAACUACGAUGGGCGAUCAAUAUCAGAUGGUUGAGUAUUUGAAUACACAAGCGAUAUUAACGGACACACUCCGGCGGUAUAUCGAAGCACUGCAGCAGAAAGUCGGCGUUAUAAAGAGCAAAACCGUUGAAAUCAAAGCCAUCAAUGAUGUUGCCGCCGCUGACAUGCACAAAUAUGUAAGUAAUCCCCUGAAUGCGUUGACCAUUCUGAAGCGCUUCACAUCCGACUGGCAGAUGCUACGGCAAUAUGCUUACAAUAUUGACAGCACAACAGAAAUCGUUGAAAAUCUGACGAUUACCAGGAAGUCGUUGAAAUUCCCAAGCGAAAGUGAUUUCGAUGAGGCAGCCCUUAAUCUGCUGCGAAUACAGGGCGUCUACCAACUCGAGCCAGAGCGUUUGGCUGUGGGGGAAGUGAACGGUAUAAAGCUGGGCUCAGCCAUGUCUUGGAACGACUGUCUGGAAAUCGGUCGUAAAUCAGUGCAAAAUGGCGAUUUUAUUAUUGCGAAAUUUUGGAUGGAAGUGGCACUGGAGAAGUUACCUACUGUAGCUGGCGCGCAAAUGGCGGCGGCAAAUGCCACAGAAGAGAUGGCCUCAGCCGAAAGGGGUAGUGCGGAGGUGAAGAAUGCGCGCUUGGAGAUUAUGGAAGCACUGGCUAUAACGGAGUUCAAUAUGGGUAACUUAGCUGUCGCACUCAAUAUCAUCAACACACUUUUGAAAAAACAUCCAAGACAUAAAAACUUGCUUAAAGCCAAGGCACGAGUGGAAAAAAAAUUAAGACAAUCAACGAAAAAAUUCAAAAAAGUUUCAAAACAGCGCAACAUAAAUAAAACUCAAAGUGGGAAAUCUGUUGAGGAAUUGCUGAUUGGAGAGAUUUGUCGUGCGACAACAAACAUCGACGCCGCCAGCAGCAGUGGCGCAUUUAGAAGCAGCACACCAGAUUGUCGCCUGAUUCAUGGUAAUCUGCCUGAGCUUCUGCUGCAACCACGCCAAGUGGAGCUGCUAAGCUUGGAUCCCUAUAUCGCCGUAUAUCAUAACAUGUUGAGCGCUGGUGAAAUCAGCGACUUGCAACAGAUUAUCGCCGAUGCGAAUGACGGCGAUGAAGCAGCUGUAGCAAAGCUUCUAAAGCGCAAGAGCAUCACGGAGCGCCUACAAUUGGCUACAGGGCAUGCGGACAAAAACUGGGGCGCUUGGGAAGUGGGGCGUUGGACAUUCGAAGCUGACGUGCACAUAGAGGCGCUGCUGCCAGCGACAGCUAAAGUCAUCGCGAAUGUUUUCUUCAAUCUGCAAACAGCCAAGUUGGGGGGCGCUAUUGUCUUCCCACAGUUAGAAUUGGGCAUAACGCUGCCAACGAAUGCUUUGCUUUACUGGACGCAACUGAACGAGUACCAUGAAUACGAUUAUCGAAGCAAGCAGCAUGUCUGUCCGGUGAUUGUCGGCACACAACUCACGGCGUACACCAGCAUCCGAGCCUGAGAUAUACCUCCGUAUGUGCUUGUGUUCUUUGGUGCCCCACAGCAAAAUGUAUUAAUUUCGCAUUGAUCCUCUUCUACCUAAAUUUGCAUAUCAGAAUGUCAUCGAGAGAAAGAAAUGCAACGACGAGCCCGUAAGGAUACUCGAAUGAUUCGAAUUAGUUAUUCGGCUGAACACUAAUACAAGUAUAUAAAAUAACUGUAUCCCUAAUACAGUCAGACUUUGUGACCUCCAUGAUAACAGCCAUUUUGGUUAAUUCGAAUAAGUUCAAAAUUAUAUUAUGUGAGCUUUAUAAAUAGACAUACGUAGAUUAUAGAAUAGUUUGUUAUUAAAAUUUUCGAAAUUAUAUAAUUAGUUUUUUAAUAUUCCAAC